AUUAUUAUUUAUAAAAUGAAGGCCUGUCAAACAAUGAAAAUUAAAAUGAAGAAUGCCAUUUACCAAUUACCUUGCAAAUACUGUCUAUUUCCUCCCAUGAUUUAUCACGAACUGAAACGUCGCCUGAAGGCCGAGCAGAAAGCUAAGGAGAAGGCCGAGAAAGAGAAACUGAAGCAGGCCGCGCAGCAGAAUCAGGACGUUAAGAAGAAGAAAGAAGGUGGUCAAGAUGAAGGAGAAAUCGAUCCCAAUGAGUACUAUCGGAUCAGACUACAAGCCGUAUCGCAACUGAAAGCUGCGGGAGAGAAUCCUUACCCUCAUAAAUUCCAUGUUUCGAUAUCAUUGACCGAUUUUAUCGAGAAAUAUCAGCACAUAGCUACCGGAGAGGUUGUAGAAAAUGACACCGUUAGCAUCGCAGGAAGAAUACAUGCAAAGAGAGAAUCCAGUACAAAAUUAAUAUUCUACGAUCUUCGGGGAGAAAGCACCAAGCUUCAAAUUAUGGCCAAUGCAAUGUAUUAUUCUUCAGAAGACGAAUUCAAUAAAAUAAAUGGCAAACUGCGACGGGGCGAUAUUAUCGGAUGCCGAGGCCACCCAGGUAAAACCAAGAAGGGCGAACUGAGCCUUAUUCCUACGGAAAUACAGUUAUUGACUCCCUGUCUUCACAUGCUUCCUCACCUACAUUACGGAUUGAAAGAUAAAGAGACAAGAUUCCGACAGCGGUAUCUCGAUCUGAUAAUGAACGAUUACGUUCGUAAAAAUUUCAUCACAAGGGCAAAAAUCAUAAACUAUAUCAGAAAAUUUUUUGACAGUUUAGGAUUUUUAGAGGUUGAAACUCCUUUGAUGAAUGUGAUUCCCGGAGGAGCCACUGCUAAACCUUUUAUCACUCAUCACAACGAACUCGACAUGGACUUGUAUAUGAGAGUAGCUCCUGAACUGUAUCAUAAGAUGCUAGUCGUCGGUGGAAUCGAUCGCGUGUACGAGAUUGGAAGACAGUUUAGAAACGAAGGCAUAGAUUUGACCCAUAAUCCAGAGUUUACCACUUGUGAGUUUUAUAUGGCCUAUGCAGACUACAAUGACCUGAUGCAGAUCACCGAAACGUUAAUUUCGGGCAUGGUGAAGAGCAUCACAGGUUCUUAUAAAAUAACGUAUCAUCCCGAGGGACCGUCCGGUAAAGAAGUAGAAAUCGAUUUUACUCCACCUUUCAAAAGAAUUUAUAUGCUUCCCGAUUUAGAAAAGGCUCUAGGAGUAAAAUUACCAGAUCCCGACAAAUUGUCCACGCCAGAAAGUAACGAGUUCUUGUCUAGCCUUUGUAUAAAACACGAAGUCGAAUGUCCGCCACCGAGAACGUCUGCGAGGCUCCUAGACAAACUUGUGAGUGAGUUUUUAGAAACUCAGAUGAUUAAUCCCACAUUUCUGUGUGAUCAUCCAGAAGUUAUGAGUCCACUUUCAAAAUGGCAUCGAUCCAUCAAAGGAUUAACCGAAAGAUUUGAAUUGUUUGUUAUGAAUUAUGAAGUGAUCAAUGCUUAUACAGAGUUAAACGAUCCUGUGGUUCAGCGACAGAGAUUUGAACAGCAAGCAAAGGAUAAAGCGGCAGGUGAUGACGAAGCACAGUUAGUAGACGAAAACUUCUGCACCGCUCUCGAAUACGGUCUUCCGCCCACGGGUGGUUGGGGAAUGGGAAUCGAUAGAUUUACCAUGCUUCUGACCGACAAUAAUAAUAUUAAGGAAGUGCUGUUCUUUCCUACCAUGAAACCCGAAGAUCCGAACAAACCUAGAGACGUUUCGGCCGGCGAGGCGGUCGAAGCAAACAACACAGAAAAUUGAAGAAAGUGUAAUAAGUUUUGCCACAUCCAUUAUCUAGUGUUACAUUUUAAUAUAAUUUAUAAGUCUUUGCUGUUCUGAAAUAAAUAAUCUAGAGUUUUAUCUUUUGUACUUUUCAUUCCGGUUUUUGGCAGAACUUAUAGAAAUAAAAGUUAUGUUAAUUUA